UGUUGUUCGUCAGGUUUGAUUUACACAUACACAUAUAAUACAUAUAUCAUUCAUAUAUCAUAUAUAUAUAUAUAUAUAUAUAAAUUUUCCCUUUGUGUUUUCACCAUCAAUGGAGUUGGGAAGUAUUGUUCAGUUUCUGGAGAACAAGUGCAUUUUGGUGACUGGUGCAACUGGGUUUUUGGCAAAGAUUUUUGUGGAAAAGAUAAUCAGAGUUCAGCCAAAUGUGAAAAAGCUUUAUCUUCUUCUUAGAGCUGCCGAUACAAAAUCUGCCAUCCAACGCUUUAACAAUGAGGUGAUAGAGAAGGAGUUGUUUAGAGUGGUAAAGGAAAAAUGGGGUGCAAAUCUAAAUUCACUGAUUUCAGAGAAAAUCAGUUUGGUUCCCGGUGACAUUUCUUGUGAGGAUUUGGGAUUAAAAGACUCCAGUUUGAUUGAGGAGAUGAAGAAUGAAGUUGAUUUGAUUGUUAAUUUAGCUGCUAACACCAACUUUGACGAAAGGUAUGAUGUAUCCUUUGGUAUUAAUGCGUUGGGAGCUAAACAUGUGUUGGAUUUUGCCAAGACAUGUGUCAAGCUAAUGGUUCUUGUCCAUGUCUCCACAGCAUAUGUAUGCGGUGAAGCAGACGGGGUGAUAGAGGAGAGGUCGUAUGGGAUGGGCCAAACGCUUAAUGGAACGAGUGUAUUAGACAUAGAAGCCGAGAAGAAGGUGAUUCACGAUCAACUGAAUCAACUCAGUGCAGGCAGAGCUACCCACCAACAAAUAACUCAAGCCAUGAAAGAUUUAGGCAUACAAAGGGCAAGAAAGUAUGGAUGGCCCAACACGUACGUAUUUACAAAGGUAAUGGGGGAGAUGAUGGUAAAGCACACGAAAGAAAACGUGUCAGUCGUCAUUUUACGUCCAACCAUUAUCACUAGUACUUAUAAGGAACCCUUUUCCGGAUGGGCUGAAGGCGUCAGAACAAUUGAUAGUUUAGCUGUUGCUUAUGGUAAAGGACGUUUAACUUGCUUUCUUGGAGAUGUCCAUGCAAUUAUUGACGUGAUUCCAGCAGACAUGGUCGUAAAUGCAAUAAUGGUAGCUAUGAUAGGUCAUGCAAAAAAGAUAUGUAAAGACGAAGAAGAUGACGAAGAUAAAAUUAUAUACCAACUUGGUUCUUCUACAAGAAAUCCAGUGAGAUAUACAAAUCUUCAGGAAUAUGCCUUCUGGUACUUCACUAAUAAGCCAUGGAUUAACAAAGAUGGAAAGCCCGUCAAGGUUGGAAAGAUCAAAGUCAUGAGCAACAUGGCUACUUUCCACACUUACAUGACCAUUCGUUACUUCCUCCUCUUGAAGGGACUAAAACUUGCAAAUACUGCAUUUUGCAAGUAUUUUCAAACCACAUAUACUGAUCUUAACAGGAAGAUUAGUGUCAUAAUGCGGUUGGUAGAAAUCUAUAGACCAUAUUUAUUCUUCAAUGGAGUGUUCGACGACAAGAACACAGAGAAGUUGAGAAUGGCGGCUAAGGAGAGUUGUGCGGAGACAGACAUGUUCUUCUUCGAUCCUAAGUGCAUCAACUGGGAUGAUUACUUCAUGAACACUCAUAUACCUGGCAUCGUCAAAUACGUCUUCAAAUAAUUUUAAAUGAAAAGCUGAAUACACCACCGCCAAAACUUUUAUAAUUAUAAUUUAAUUAUCUUUCUCUAAUUUACUUUUCAAGGCUAUACAUCCAUCCAACUGUAUCCAUUAAAACCCAAUGCUGAAAUGCUACAUGU